UUUAAAUGUAAGUUCAUCAUCAUUUUAUUGUAAUACAAUUCUAUAUUAUGCAGCGUUUGAUUUAUUUCUUUUGCUCCCUUUCGACCUGCUUCUUUUUCUUUUUCAAAUUCCGUUCCAUCUCCAAAAAAGCUCUCAUAGUCGGGUCCAAAUCACUAACUAGCUUAUCAGCGGCCUUUUCAGCUUCGAUCUCCGCAUCUGCUUGUGAAGUUGCCGCCUUGGCGCCUGCAAAUCCCUUUAAAUCUGCUGGCCAUCUGCUUAUAUCGAUGCCUUUAGCCUCUAAUUCUGACGCAGUUUUUGGGGCUGCUGAUAAAUAACUUGCUAGAUCAUCGGCAUAUAUAUCAUAAGUGCAAUUAACGCAUCCGGACAUACAACACUCCUCAGGUGACGGUUGAGAAGGCUUUUUGGGUAUCCUUACGCCUUCUAUAUAAAUAUAUGCAUUACUGGGUGUAGUAUCGACACUUUUAUCCUCUUUAUCAUGCGAUAAAUCCGUUGGGUUCGUCGUUGGAGUCUGAAAUGAUACUGUCGACGGCUCAGUUGAUAUCGAAUCGAAAUCCUCUCGCUGUAAUUUUGACCAAAGUGAGUUCAAAUUCCUCCCCGAGCGUUCUAUUCUCGUCGUAGUCGUGAACUGCCGUAGUAUUCUCAUAGUUGAGAUAUCAUUGAAUGUGAUGGGAGGUGUUGAUUAAGGAAGAAAUUAAGAUAUCCACCUAAGUAGCAAAUACAUUUCUCUAGAAUAUACCACCAUCAUCAAUGUCGUCAACGAGCGUACUUUAUCAAUCAAAACUAACAUCAAAGCUACAAAAAGGUGAAUUCUUCCCACUAUCUUCUUUAUAUUUCUGUGAAGAAUGCGAUGCAAUCAGAUGCACGCGUACAGUAACAAUGGAACCAGUGAUUCACUACUGUCCAAACUGCUUAUUUGAAGUGCCGACAGCGAGCGUGAAAUCACAACGUAAUCGCUGCAUGAGAAAUUGUAGUUCCUGCCCGAUCUGCUCAAGCUCUUUGUCUACAGUUGGGACGGGUACUUCUAUAGAAGAUAAUGAUAUACCAUUGAAUAUGCUCACAGAGCCUGAAUCAUCACGUGCGGACCCUCCAUUCGUACUCAGCUGCGGCUGUUGUGGUUGGAAUACCACCUCUUUUGGCGAUAAAGGUGUGUUUGAGAAGCCAACUGGUAUUGGUGCGCUCAUAGCGCGCGGGGAUGAACGUGAAGGGAGAGCAAAUGAAGAGUUCGAUUAUAUUAGGGAUAGGCUAGACUCUCUAUUUAGUGUUCAUAGUAUGAUUGACGACAUCUCAAUACAUCCACUUUACCCUUCAGAUGGAACGCAAGUGGAGACGGACCGACAACUCGAGUCAAUUGCUGAAUCUGAAGAAGAGAGACUUAGAGUAUUAAAGAGAGCAUCAAAUUUGGAUAGCAUCAGUAAUCCUUCGAGUAAUUCCUAUCCGAUGAGCAUGUUUAAACAUCUACAAACACCACAGAGAGUCAAGCUUGUGACCAAGUACAGCAAGAGGUGCGGCAUAUGUAGACACAUACUCAUAAAGCCAGAUACGAAAUCCCACAUAAAGCAUAAGAUCAAAAUGACGGCUAACAACUAUCUGCCUGGCAUAAAUGUGAAAAUUGCGCGUAUGGCACUCCAGCCACCUGGUUCUAGACUAACAGCGAAUGGCGAACUUCGAGCUGGCAGAGUCUAUGUAUUCGAAAUGCAGAUAAUCAACCCACUCUACGAUGCUAUGAAAAUAAGGAUGCGGGUCUUAAAUCAGAAUGGGUGCAAAGUGCGAAUUGAUGAAAAUGAAUAUGAAAUAGGUGCAUUCAAUGAAGUUAUGGAAUUUGAAGAAGAGGCAUGGGUCCAAAGUCAAGCGAGACGCAUCUCAGAAGCCAAAUCGGUUGGUUUAGUAGAAAGUAAAGGCAAUUCAACGCGGACGAUGUUCGAAUUGAGUGUCAAUGGGGAUGCAAAAUGCGCAGAGGUUAUAUUGGAGGUAACAUACACUUAUAGAACAAUGACGCCGCCUUCAAGUCCGCAACUGGAUGAAGCAGAGGACGAGUAUAAAGACUUUACGUUUAAUGUUUUGAUAGACGCUGGUAAUAUCGGCUUAAAUGAAUGAAUUUCGCAAUUUCUCCGUUUGAUUGAGAAGUUCAGAAUGGAGAGUUGAUAGUUCUUCUAGUUUCGAGAGGUUGACCUUGCUAGAUGAUAAAUCUUUCAAAUCCCUCUGUAGCGUGCUCAGUUCUGAUUGUAGCUCGUCUGCUAGCUUGUUGAGGUCAUCAAGUUCUCUUUUAUCGUAUUCUAUUGAUUGUAUACCCGUGUUUAUUGAGUUAACAAGUUUUUCAAACUUAUCGUCCAGCUGAGUUAUAAGCUCUCUUGGUGUCUGAUCCUCUAGGGCACCCUUGACCCAUUCAAUGAUGGCUGAAUCCAUUCAAGAGCUUGACGAUAGAGAGGAAGUACGGUUAGAGAGAAAAUCGCUGUCCAAGUCAACGUCCGUGAAGUAUUUAAAGCUAAAUCGAUACACAAAUAUACUUUGCUACGAUGAUAGCUUACCCACGACUGUGGAAUAUAUCAAUGCAUCUGUAAUAGAAUUCAAAGAAUUCAAUUGCAAUACGACUAAUGCUAAGAGGUUCAUAGCCACGCAGGCGCCACCUGUGCGCACUUUUGGGACGUUCUACAGUCUGAUACUAGAGGAAGGUGUCCGUGACAUAGUACAAGUAUCAAAUUACCAAGAGAAUGGCAGACCAAAGGUGGAUUACUAUCUACCAGAUGAUAAAGAGCUGCAGUUCGGUGAUAUAACCGUUAAGACACUCUCAGUUGAGGAUGACGCAGAGUGUUUAACAACCCAUUUGGAGAUUUCCACUAACAGCAAGGCAAUACAGACCAGACACAUUUUAUACAAAAACUGGCCAGAUCAUUCAGCUCCUACAUCACUCAGAUCGCUUAUUGGCUUACUUGGCAGGCUGGACGAAUCUGCGCCAUGUGUCGUACACUGCUCAGCAGGAGUUGGGAGAAGUGCCACGUUGAUAGCGUUACAUGAGAUGUUAAGGUGUAAAAACCAACCGUUGCUGCCAUUUUAUGAUGACCUGAAGGGUAGGUCUUACGAGAACUCAGAUAUUGUCUAUCGUACGGUCGACUUCAUACGUAGACAGAGACCGCUGAGCUGUGAAGCUAAGCAGAUCGCCUGGCUAUACCAAGCAGUAAAUAGACUUUAAUUUUGACCUAUUAUGGAUAUUUAUCUACUGAGAGCAGAUAAGCCGGAUAAAGAAGAGGGAAACUGUGAGGGGAAUGAGCUGUGAUAAUAUAGUCUUGAUAGACUCUUAUACUAUCCUUAUAGAGCGCUGUAGCCGCCCCAAAGAGGGACGAUAAUCUGUACGACGAUCUGCUAGCAAUCUAGAGAU